AUGAAAGACUCUUCAAUCGUAGGCGAGGCACUCGCCCAGGUGAUGCCAAGGACGAAUAAAUAUUGGUUUCAACAGCCUCAUCUCCUAAAACUCAACCUGCUACUCCUUAUGCCUCUUCUGUCAUCUUCUGUUGCUGGUUAUGAUGGAUCUCUUAUGAAUGGAUUGCAGUCUCUGGAGCAAUGGCAAACCUACUUCGGAAGCCCUAGUGGUGCCACUCUUGGUCUUGUGAAUGCUGCACAGGCUAUCGGCUCUGUCUUGGCUCUUCCUUUCGUUGGCGUUCUAACUGACAAGUUUGGUCGCAAGCCAUCGUUAUUCCUGGGUCUUGCUAUCAUCAUCGUGGCAACUAUUAUUCAGGCGACAUCCUUUAAUUUGUCACAGUUCAUCAUCGCACGCGCAAUCGUAGGGUUUGGUGGAAUGUUUUCUGUCCACCCAAGCCCGCUACUAAUUGCCGAGCUGGCCUAUCCGACACACCGUGGCAAAUACACAUCUGCGUUCUGGACUAUGUACUAUCUUGGCGCUAUAUUGGCCUCAUGGACGACCUUUGGAUGUCAGAACUAUCAGAGCACCUGGGCAUGGCGCAUCCCUUCGAUCCUCCAAGCUGGCUUCCCCAUAAUCCAAUUGAUUUUCUUCUAUUGGGUCCCUGAAUCUCCGCGUUGGCUAGUCUCGAAGGAUCGCACAGUAGAGGCCACGGAGAUUCUUUCGCGAUAUCAUGCUCCAGAUCAAGGUCCUGGCGAGUCGCCCCUGGUACGAUACCAACUCGAGCAAAUUGUACAGACGCUACGACAAGAAAAGAUAGCAAGCAGUGCUGGAUGGAGCGCAUUGAUAUCAACACCAGGUAAUAGGAAGCGGACCCUUAUCGCGUUCUUAGUCGGCUUCAUGGCACAGUGGAAUGGAGUAGCUGUUGUCUCGUACUAUCUUACGCUAGUUCUGAGAACAAUUGGAAUCACGUCGACUUACACGCAAACACUCAUCAACGGACUGUUGCAGGUUUUCAAUUUUGCAUCAGCUUUAGGAGCAGCAUUCUUAGUUGAUCGUUUAGGCCGCAGGACGCUGUUCCUCUGGUCAGGCGUUGGCAUGCUGGUCUCAUAUAUCAUCCUGACAGCAUGCUCUGCCGUAGUGAGUAUUUCAGGCAACCAAUCGGCCGGCAUCGUUGUCGUCGUGACGUUGUUCACUUUCUUCUUUCAUUACGAUAUUGCGUAUACGCCUCUGCUCUUCGGUUAUCCCACUGAGGUCUUGCCCUUUAACAUCCGCGGAAAGGGGCUAACGGUCGAGCUGUUCGGCAUAUACGGCUCUCUCACUUUAGUAUCCUUUGUGAACCCUAUUGGGCUAGAGAACAUUGGUUGGAAAUAUUACUUGGUAUUUAGCGUCCUUCUGGUGAUCUUCCUUGGAAUCACUUACUUUCUCUUCCCAGAAACAAAAGGCCAUACUUUGGAAGAGAUUGCCGUUUUAUUUGAUGGACCUCAGGUGCUUGGUGGUGAUCUUGGCAAAGCCUCAUCAAAGGACCCUAGCUCCGACAUCCAGCAUUACGAAGGAGUUUAA